AUGGAUGGAGCGUCUUCAGCAGCCAUUGAAGUUCUUGUUCAAAACCUGAUCAACCUUUUCAAGGAUGAGUACUCUCUGCUUCGAGGUCUCGAUAAAGAUGCUCAGCAGCUGCAGAGGACUUUGGAGACGAUUCAAGCCUACUUGAAUGACGCUGAGAAGAAAUCCAUCACCCAAGAUUCUGCCAAGAUCUGGUUGAGGGACCUUGAAUCCGUGGCGUUCGAUGCUGACAACGUCUUGGAUGAACUCAGCUAUCAUCUUCUCCACAAAAAAGUGAAGAAAAUGAAGACUCCCAAAGGCAAGGAUAAGGUACUAUCAUGCUUCUCUCCAUUUAAUGGCAUUAUGCGCCGUCGUAAUAUGGCUCACACAAUCAAACAAAUCAAUACUACUUUUGAGUCUAUGAAGAAAACAGCAACAGAGCUUGGCCUUGAAAGCAUGGUUGUGAGUGCACCUGAUGUUGUUGCUCAUACUUCUAUUGAAACAAAUUCGUUAAGUAUUGACCCAAUCUUUGUUGGAAGAGAUCAUGAUGUUACCAAACUAGUUCACAUGCUCACCCAGAUCCAAGAAGAUCGGAUCUUUUCCAUGGUUGCUAUUGUCGGAAUGGGGGGUAUGGGGAAGACUACGUUGACUAGGAAAGUCUUUAACCAUGAAAGCUUAAAGGCUCGAUUUGGAUCACUUAUUUGGGUUCAUGUUUCCCAAACUUUUGAUCCAAUCGGUCUUUUCAACAAAAUCUAUUCGACGUUGACUUCAAAUACUGGUGAUAGAGUUGAGAUCAAGGAAGUUAUCCUGAAUAGGCUUAAAGAAGUUCUCAAGUCUAAAACUUAUAUUCUUGUUCUUGAUGAUGUAUGGAAUGAAGAUGUUCAAAUGUGGGAAGACUUUAUAAAUUCCAUGUCUGGAGUUACUUCCACUACGGGAAAUGGCAUUUUGAUCACCACCAGGAGUGAAAAAGUUGCUUCAAUUGUUAACCCAUUUCAUAUUCAUCAUUUGAAUGGCUUAUCAGAUGAAGAAUGUUGGUCCAUAAUCAAAGUCAAAACUUUUGACGAAAAGGGUGAAGUUCCAUCAGGAUUCGAGAUGAUUGGAAGAAAGAUUGCUAAAAUAUGUAAGGGCUUGCCCUUAGCUGCUAAUGUAGUCGGGGGAGUGCUUCACGGUAAAUCCAAAGAAAAGUGGUGCAUCAUCAAUGAAAAAUGGCUUUCGGAUGCUGAAGGAGGGGAAAAUAUCUCAAAAAUAUUGAAAUUGAGCUUUGAUCACCUGUCUUCAUCGUCACUUAAGAAGUGCUUCACGUUUUGUUCGGUUUUCCCCAAAGGUCGGGAAAUUCGGAAGGAGGAGUUGAUUGAACUAUGGAUGGCAGAAGGGUUUCUUCAACCAAGCCAAAGAGAUGAGAUGGAGUCCGUGGGCGACAUGUUUUUCAAUGUGCUUCUACAGAACUCUUUGUUGCAAAUUCAAAUGAGUGAUGCUUAUGGAAAUGUGGAAAGUUGUGUGAUGCACGACCUUGUGCAUGAUCUUGCAUCUAAUAUUUUAUCCAAUAAUUCAGAUGGCAACACCCGAAUUCGAUACAUGUUUCUCCAAGAAGAAUCGAGCCCUAUUCCAGAAAAGAAGACCAAACAUUUGCGUACAUUAUUCUUGCAUGGUGAAACUUCUGGUAUGAAGUUCUCAGACUUCAAAUGUUUGCAUAAUCUCACUCUUUCCGGUCAUAAUUAUAAAGAGUUGCCUAAUUCAGUGAGGGAGUUGAUACAUUUGAGAAAUCUGAAUAUUACAACUAAAGAUAUUGUAAACUUGCCAGAGUGGAUUGGUGAACUCCAUCAUUUGCAAACAUUAAGAGCAAAAAUAUGGAAAUUAGAGAAACUGCCAAGUACGUUGAAGUACUUGAUUAACUUAAGGCAUCUCUAUGUUUCUCGUAUAGAGUUACCGGCGGAGAUUGGGAGAUUAACUAAUCUCCAAACACUACCUCACUUCACAGUGGGAGAAGAGAAGGGCUACCAAAUUGAAGAGCUCGGAAGUUUGAAGAAUCUCAAAGGAUCACUGGUGAUUCAUAAUUUGGAGAUGGUGCGUGAUAAGGAAGAGGCACUGAAAGCAAAUAUGUUUCAGAAGCCAAACUUACUUGAUUUGGCUUUUGAAUGGGAUGAGGGUAGAGAAGAUGAAAGAAAUGAUGAGAGUGUUUUGGAAGGCCUCCAACCUCAUGCAAAUUUGAAGAAGCUGAGGAUUAUAGGAUUCCAAGGCAAAAGAUUUCCAACAUGGAGUGAGAAGAUGGAAGUAGAAGAUGGGCCUCAAGGCUCUUGGGUACCACUUGACAACUUAAUUGAAAUAAGACUCGUAUGGUGCCCAGAGAUUGAGGAAGUCCCAAGGCUGGAGCACUUGCCGAAUCUCAAGUCUCUUUCUUUGGACGGAUUGGAUAAGGUGAGGUCUAUAAAUACUGUGUUCAAUCAUUUAACGUCACUCGAAAUAAAAGAGUUAGAUAGAUUGGAAUGUCUGCCAGAAUGGCUAUUCCUUAACAAUCAGAAUCUCUCAUAUGUGACUAUAUCAAGUUGUCCUGUGUUGAGAGGGUUACCAGAUGGCUUGGACACCCUCCAUUCUCUCAAGGGUUUGUGUAUUAUGUACUGUGAGAAUCUGAAGUCGAUUGGGAAUCCAAGUGGGCGAUCACGAGGGAUCCUCCGUGAGCUGAAUAUUACAGAAUGCGGAGAGCUGAUGGAAUUGCCGCGUCAAAUGCUAGAGUCGUGGGCGCCUACAGUUGAGGAUCUUAAAUUGGAAGGAUUGGGGAGGCUAAAGAAUCUGCCAACGCUAAUGGACUGCCUCGCUAAAUCAUCUACUCGUCUCACAUAUUUGAGGAUUUUAGGUGUUCCUAAAUUGAUGGCUGCUAGUAGUGCUAGUAUUGAGAGUUGGGAUCUUAGCAGCUUGAGAACAUUAGAGAUAGAUGUGAGUGUGGAAUGGUCAAGUGAGGCUAGUGUUGGCAUUGCGGAGACUGUGGAAGGGAUGCUGCAAGGAUGUUGCAAUUCACUUGUCGGGUUAGUUUUGAAAGGGGUGGAAAAUUGGGAGUGGCUGCCCAAAUCAAUUGAGAAUCUCACUGUUCUGAGUUGGUUAAGGAUGGAGAAUAUAGGAGCAGAAGAAUUGCCGCAAUGGUUGUGGAAUCUCCCAUUUCUAGCAUCGUUUGGUCUAUAUAGUUGCCACAAGUUGAAGCGUGUGGAUGUUUCGAAGAACAUCACUAAAUUAGAAGCGUUAUAUGUUAGUAUUAGAGAUUGCCCGGAACUAAGUAUUGAUUCGGAGUGGCGCAACCGCAAUCAACGUGUAUAUAUCACGGUCCAUGACCAGCCCCUGUGA